GGGUCCGGAAGGCCAAUGGGGAGGCGGAGCGGCCGGUAUGAGAUGGCGGCGGGGAGCCGAGGAGCCGCUGAGCGGCGGGGCGGCAGUGAUGCCAUCUGCAGGUUUGUCAUCUGCAAUGACUCCUCCCUCCGUGGACAAACAGUCAUCUUCAACCCUGACUUCUUUGUGGAGAAGUUGCGGCAUGAGAAGCCCGAAGUCUUCACAGAGCUGGUGGUCAGCAACAUCACCAGGCUCAUCGACCUGCCGGGAGCAGAGUUGGCCCAGCUGAUGGGGGAGGAGGACCCCAAGCUGCCUGGUGGCAUUGGCUCAGCCUCUGGAUUCUUUCGGUCCCUAAUGUCUCUGAAGCGUAAAGAUAAAGGGGUGGUGUUUGGCUCCCCGCUGACCGAGGAGGGCAUCGCCCAGGUCUCGCAGCUCAUCGAAUACUUGCACAAGCAUCUGCGAAUGGAGGGCUUGUUUCGAGUGCCAGGGAACAGUCUCAGGCAGCAGAUCCUGAAGGAUGCCCUGAACAGCGGGGCCGAUAUUGACCUGGAAUCGGGCGAGUUUCACUCCAACGAUGUGGCCUCUCUGCUGAAGAUGUUCCUGGGUGAAUUACCUGAGCCCCUGCUGACACACAAGCACUUCCAAGCCCACCUCAAAAUUGCAGGCCUGAUGCAGUUUGAUGACAAGGGGAACAAGACCAGCACGCCGGAUAAGGAGCGGCAGAUUGAAGCCCUGCAGCUGCUCUUCCUGAUCCUCCCCCCGCCCAAUCGCAACCUGCUCAAGCUGCUGCUGGACCUGCUCUACCAAACGGCCAAGAAACAGGACAAGAACAAGAUGUCUGCCCACAACCUGGCUCUCAUGUUUGCACCCCACAUCCUGUGGCCCAGAAAUGUGACAGCAAACGACCUGCAGGAGAAUAUCACAAAGCUGAAUGAGGGCGUGGCCUUCAUGAUCAAACACUCGCAGAAACUCUUCAAGGCUCCGGCAUACAUUCGCGAAUGUGCCAGGCUGCACUACCUGGGGUCCCGAGUGCACGCGUCAAAGGACGACCUGGAUUUGCUGACAUCUGCCGGGUCCAAGGAACUCCAGCCCCUGAAGUCUCAGAAGCGGAGCAGGCUGGAUCCGUCCCACCGAGAGGAGACGCAGCAGCACACGGAGGAGGCGCUGAAGGAGCUCUUCCACCACAUCCACAGCAUGCCAGACUCUGCUAAGAAGAAAAAGCUCAUCCGGCAGUUCCAUAAGCAUCCCGGCACUCUCACUCCUGGGCCCGAUGCACCGACACCCCCGGUACAGAGGCGCUCCCGCUCCUUCAGCGGCCUCAUUAAGCGGAGGAUGCUGGGGAACCCACUGAUCUUGGAAAGGAAAAGCAGGGACUCCACACCGGAAUCGGAGGGAGCCAGCAAAGAGAACCUCCACCUGUUACAGAGACUGCCUGAUUCUCCAGCAAGUCAUGGCACCCGAGCAAAGCUGAAAUUGUCUGAGGGCAGGAAAGAGGACUCCCGUAAACAUCUGCAGGCCCUUGCGCCUUCCACCAAGGAGCCAACCAUCUGAGCAGCCAGGCACCAGCCCGUGUGUGCGGCAGACGUCUGGACUUGUAAGCUGUGAAUAAUGCCUGCUGCAUCUCCAGCUGGGAGAGGACUGAGUGCUGCAGCCUCCGGCGAUCCCUCUAACUCAGCUCACAGGCUUGGCUGGCAACGGGGCCUGCUGCGAGCAUAGUGAGGACUCUGACUUCCUUAUGUUAAUAUGGGCAAACCACUAUCCAAGCAAGCACCUGCAGGGUGUCUGACCCUGGGUCUGAGGAAGGGCCGGAGAGCCCGUUGGAAGAAGGCAGGAGCUUUGUAUUCACUGGUUUUGUUCAAGUGCUCCGGGUUCUUGCUCUCUGAGCUUUUAACACAUUUGUCUUGUUUUUACCCCCUGCCUCCCAUCAACAACGAGACUGGUCAGCCGCUUCCCGGCAGCUAACUCUGUCUGACUAGCUCCUGUGCAGUGCUCUCUCCGUGGGGUAUUGAUGAGUGGGGAGGGUGGCUGCAGUAUCACAAAUCCCCAACCCCAGGGGUCACUUCUGCCUUCCUGACAGGCUGCAUGCUGGCUUGGCCAUGUCAGCCCCUGGGCAGCUCCGGGGAUGGGGGA